AUGGGUGUAUGCUCGAAUUGUUCCUGUGAAGACUUUGCAGAAGACACGGCGCAAGGGGCGGUCUACUGCACGACAUGCGGGAUGGUGCAAGAAGAAAAUGCAAUAGUUGCAUCGCUGAACUUCAAUACCGAGGGCCCGAAGGCCACCCUGAAUGGACAGAUUGUUGGGAUUGACUCGAGAAACGUUGGGACUGGAUUUGUUGACUCAAGCUACUACAUCAAGAACACAAUAGGCGGGAUAUGCGCAUCUCUUGGGCUUGGUGUGGACCAUGUUGAAUGCUCAUUCAGAUGGUACAAGCUUCUCCUCCAGUACAACCUGAGCAAGGGGAAGUCGAUUCUGUAUACCUUAAGUGCAUGCAUCUACAUUGUCUGCAGGCAGGAGAGGACGCCGCACAUGCUGAUGGACUUUUCGAAUGCACUCCACAUUGAUGUAUUUAAGAUAGGAAAAAGCUUUUUGAAGAUAACUAACAUGCUUGGGAUUGACAUUCCACUGAUUGACCCGUCGCUCUACAUGCCACGGUUUGUUUCCAGGCUCAGGUUUGAAAGCAAUGAGGUGCUGGGGCUUUCUCUAAGGCUGAUAAGCAGAAUGAAAAGAGACUGGAUUGUUGUUGGGAGAAGGCCAAACAACCUGUGUGGAGCGGCUCUUCUGAUCGCGUCCAGAAUAGUUGGGGAGGAAAGGAGCAUAUACGAGAUAGCAAAAAUAGUUCAUGUUUCUGUAAGCACGAUAAACAAGAGGCUGAAGGAGAUAGGGGACACUGAGAGUGCAAACCUUAGCAUUGAGGAGUUUAAUGCGACAUGGAUCGACAAGGAAGAGGAUCCUCCUGCUGUCAAGAUGAAGAGGAUGGAGAUGGCAAAGAAGCAGGAGUGCGAGUCUGGGAGCACGGAGACGCUUCUGUACUCGACGCCUCAGAGCAGUAUCGACAGCGACGCCUCGUCUGAUUCGGAGGAAAUCGAGAGAAAUAUCCUUUCGCCUGAAGAGAGUAAGAAGAGGGAAAUCGUGUGGGAGGAGAUGUAUGGCGACUUUAUGAGGGAGCGAGAGAAGAGGAUGAAGAGCGGUGUUAGGAAGGGGAAAAGAAGAAGAAGGAGCGAGGAGUUUGGAUCGAUAGUCGAAGCAUUCAGAAGUCUGGAUAAGAGGAUCUCUGGAAAGCUGAACUACCAGGCAAUCGAGAGCAUCUUUGAUAAGCUAUGA